AUGAUGAAGGACAAGCUGCUGCAGUACCACACCAGUGCACUAGAGGUCCCUGUUGUUCUCCAAUCACACUGUGUUUGUUUGUUUGGAAAUGAUCUUGGGCAAACCCCAAAGAUCACUUCUACUGCCGCUACCAGCUUUACAGACGCCAUAAGAACCAACAUGCCAGAAAUAGCAGAGACCGUGUCGGCUUCUCUCACCACCAACAGAAACUGCACCAUUGAAAUCAGCAAUGUCAGCAGCCUCUACUGUCUCAUCAACCCCAAGGUCUACAUGGCCAGCGGCUUCUCCCAGCACCCUCCUCAGCCGACCGUCCGCACGGCCAAGACCGAAGUGUGCACCUUCACCAAAGACGACAACACGGCCACCGGCUCCGUGGGGCUGCUCACCUACGACAUCUUCCACAUGCAGAACCGCCACUGCUCAGAGCGCAUGGCCAUCAUGUUCUCCGUGCCCUUCGACCGCAACCUGUACAAGAACAAGCUGGCCAUCGGCAUCUUCGAGCAUUCCGUAGAGUGCGACAAGCAGCUGUAUAACCAGAUGUACGACGGGAAAGAUUUGAGUAACUUCACCCGCUCGGAAACCAACGGGAGCGGGCUGGUCUAUCAGGGCCCGAACCUGGACGUGCGCGCAACUAUGUCCACUGUUGGGAAAGCGAUCGUGAAAGUGGAGCUGUAUGACAUGAUGGGCCGCUAA